ACCAUGCAUUUAUGUUGUGUUCAGCGAUUACUUCAUCGUACGUUGCGAAGUGUCUGUAUCAGUAAGCAAGCUGUAUCCGAGUCGUGUGUGAAAUUUAACCAGGAGGAAGAUAAGAAGUUGUAUAAAAAUUGUUUAUUUUUUUAAAUAUUGUGUGCGAAAAUAUGACAACAGUAGCGAGACCAACUUUCGAGCCUGCUAGAGGAGGACAAGGGCGAGGCGAAAAAGACUUGAGUGCGAUUUCGAAGCAAUACAGCAGCAGAGACUUGCCAUCCCACACCAAGCUUAAAUAUAGAGAACAUGGUCAAGGAACGAUCGAAGAACUGCGAAAUCGUGACUUCAGGAAGGAGCUCGAAGAGAGAGAACGAGGAGAAAAGGAAAAAGGAUCAAGCCGUCGUGCCAUUGAGCCUUCCAGAGAGCCAACUGCAUCUAAUGCAAAAAGACAGAAGCUAGAUCAAGUCCCUGCAGCUAGCUUAGACGCUGACGACCCACUCGAUGACGACGAGUCCGAUUCUGACAGUGAUGAGGAUGAUACUGCGGCACUUUUAGCUGAACUGCAAAGGAUUAAAAAGGAACGAGCAGCGGAACAAACAAAGAAGGAGAUGGAGAAACGCCAGGAAGAAGAGAGAAUACGCAUGGAAAAUAUUCUUUCAGGCAACCCUUUGCUAAAUUAUUCCUCUCAGAGUGGAAGAGUGGAUAUGAAGGUACGAAGACGAUGGGAUGACGAUGUAGUUUUCAAGAAUUGCGCACGUUCUGAGCCAAAGAAGAAACAUGAUGUCUUCAUCAAUGAUUCACUACGAAGCGAAUUCCAUCGCAAAUUUAUGGAAAAAUACGUAAAAUAAGUUAUUAUCUAAGCACAUUGUAAAUAUUGAUGAAAUGUUUUCUAAUGAAUCUUACUGAAAAUUAA